AUGGGUCGAAAACCAAGUAAUGUGUACGAUUACUUUAUCCGCUUGGAACCAGAGGCCGGUCAGAAGGGAAUGAUACGCUAUCAAUGCAAGAAAUGCGACAAACAGUAUGCGAGUAAUGCCACACGAUUGGCCGAUCACCUCAAGAUGUCGUGCGCUCCAAGCUUUCAGACCAACCAGCGGAUUCGAAAAGUCAUCCGACUUCCUUCUGCUAGUAUCCAUCUGAAUGGAAAUAGCCAAGAAGCGGAGACUAGUGAUGAGAUGAAGGAGACCGACGACUCAUCGGAAAGUAUGGCGGCUACGGUAGCAUCGCUCGUAGUUCCAGUGCCAAGUCCUGACGCCUACGCAGCAGCAGGGGUCGAGACAGCUCAGUCGCUGGCUCUCAAACGGUCUGACCACGAACUUCUCACCAACAUGUUGGAGUCGGAAGGUGAACCUCCACAGGAUGUUACUGAGGUACUAUUACGCUUGGCGAAGCUGUCAACGUGUACUAUUGGAGAUGCCAUGGUGGAGAUGAAGCUCCAAGGACAUUUGGUGGAUGUUAACCUUAUUCGAGGCUACGACGCCCCCUUGGCCAUGAAUAUUUGCGGACCUGCAUUGACGGUCAAGAUAAUGCCGACUACCGGAGCUUUGGCUGGUAGUGGGUCAUAUGACUACAUGGACACGGCGGAAAUGGGACAGGUUGUAGUCAUUAGUGCACCAGCGAGGAGUACAAUGGCAGUGUUUGGUGAGUUGUUGGCAACGGCGUCCAAGGCGCGACAUGUGGCAGGUGUCGUGACGGACGGACGUGUACGAGAUGUGCAGGAGUUGUGUACAAUGAACUUCCCAGCAUUUGCAAUGGGCACAUCGGUGCACGGCGAGUGUGGAGCGACAACGAUCGCAGAAAUAAAUGGCCCCGUACUAAUUGCUGACUGCGUCGUGCGUCACAAUGACAUUAUCCGUGGAGACAUCAAUGGCGUUAUUGUUAUCCCAGCCGAACGCGCUCAAGACAUUGCUACUCGAGCGGAGAUCAUCGAGGACCAAGACAACAAAAUCAUUGAAGCUCUCAACGAAGGCGAGCCAGUGCAACGCUCCUUACAACGUUUUCGCGCUUCCAGGGAUGUGUGA